AUUCAAAGAGUUUACUUUCUUGUUUUGAUUGUUCGGCACGGAACUAAUGAAAAUUUUUGCACAAGAAAAAAGAAAAGAAUUAUUUGUAUCGAUAUAGUCAAAGUUUUGUAUCUCAAACUUGGUCGCAAAAAUAGUUCAUUUGACGUUCCGUUCGCGAAGAAUAAAAGAGAAACUGUUGUGCCAACUGUUGAACGAAAAUAAAAAGAAGUAAAAAAAGUUUAAGGAAAAGUUUUCUCAUUGAAAGUGCUAAAAAAGUUCUAACGAUUUCAUAGGCACACACAAUGGAAGUCGUCGCGUUAAAUGGCAGUAAUAACAGUGCACCAUUCAAGCGCGAAGUUCAUGAGUGGCAGCAUAUUGAUGCAAAAACCGGAGCAUUGCUAAGUGGACGUUUAGAAGCCGAUCGAUAUGUUAAUGGAAACACAAAUAAAUACGGAAAGAGUGUAUCGCAAAACAUUCGGACAUCAGACGGAGUUCACUCGCAACAUAAGCAAAUGAACAUUCUCCAAACAAUAACGUCGAACGGUAAUGCCCUUCAAGUCAUUCAAGCACAAACUGUUCGAAAAUCAUCGUCCAAUCGUGCGAUAACAUCAACCACAUAUUCGUCACAAUUUAGCAGUAAUUUUAGUAACGGACACGGUUCAUUUUCGCCAGGUCAUCAUGUGAAUAGUGAUUUAUUGUCCAUCAACCCACGUCCUUUGCUUCACCAUGAAACAGCACCAAGAUUGAAGGCUUUACUCUCGUCGUCGUCGUCGACAUCACCAUCGCAUCUAAUGGCACUUGGUUCUUCAUCAGCAUCAACCGACAACACCUCACAUCGAAAAAAUCAUUUAUUUCAUCAUGCGAAUAAUGACAUGAAUCAGAACUUCGUGGGCAUAGAACAGUCGCGACAACAACAACUAAACGAGAUGCUGUAUGGCAGUAAUAAAGAAAGUUUCAAUUUACGUGGGCGAAGUGCAUCAAUAGAAGACCUUACAAAUAUCGACGAGAGUAGUUUUGAUGGUGAUGUUGAACCAUGCGAGUGGAAACGCGUAAGUAAAAUAAGAAGAUCACUUCAGUUUCCAAAGACAUCUGAGACGAGAAGAUUUUACACGCGUCCACCUGAUUUGCCUGAAAAUUCAGUCAACGUGUUGAAGAUUAAACAGGAUAUUGAAAAUAUUGAGAAUAGUCGACGUUUGAACACAGCUAUGAAGAAUAAUCACGUAGAUUUUGUUGCCCUCGACAGUAUUCUUAAAGAAAGUUCAUUAAAUUCUCAACAUGACGAUGAUGAUGAUAAGAAAGAUGAAACAAAGGAUUCAAAUUGCAUUACUGCUGACUCACUUAAAGAAAUCAGAAGACGAUUGAAGAAACUUAAUAACGAGACUGACCUUUAUAAAGACGAUGAACAUAAAAUGCUUGAACAAAAUUGUAAGAGUUUAGAAUUGAAACGCAAUCGUGAACGUGACACAACAUCUGAUGAUUGGCUUAACCGAAGGAAAUCUUAUGGUUUUGAAAAGAUGCACCAUCAACCCACAGAAACUUUUGGUGGCAUUGAAUCAUCAACUGAUAGCGGCUUAGGCCGCUCAAGUGACUUAUCGUCAAAUUGGUCACCGACUGUCGACACACAACGAACAAUUAUCACUUUCGGUGAUCGCACAAAACCAGCGACAACAUCAAUUUCAUUGUUCAGUAAUCCGAUAUCUCAAGACACUGCUAAGCCGGUUCCAAUGAGGCGUUCGACCGAAAAGAAAGAAGAGUUAAAACGACACUCGAUCGCCGUCGAUGAAAGUCGCUACGUUGACGAUCAAUAUCGAAGUUCAAACGAUCGUAAAAUUUCGCUUGUGAAUCUAAAUAUUGAACGACCAUCAUCAAAUGAAGGCUUCUUGGACGAUAACCGUCGGCACAAGAAAGUGGAAUUUUGUAAAACAGAAAUUCAUUUUGCGGCUGAUUCAGGUCGUGUAAACAUCGUCGAGACGGACGGUAAGCCACCGCCGACAAGUAACUUUAGAAGACGUAAACGAACACCUGGAGCAUACAUCGAUGAAACGGAAUCAAUUUUCAACGAAGAAAGCAGAAACUCGGAAAGUCCUUUAAUGGAAAUAGGUCAAAGUAAUGUAACGACGACAAUUGGAAAUGUGUUUGGAACAUCUCGCGAUGAUGACACUGAUGAUGGUACGUCUGAAGAUAGCUCAUUACGGGGAAUAUUAAAGAACAAGGUAAUGAAACCAAAGCCUUAUCAUCUUGGUGAAAACAUGGACGCAAACUUAUGGGGCAUUCGAUUAAAACCGGUUGAAAAUCAACACGCAAAAUGGAGACAUUCAGCUGACUUUGAUUCUGUUGUAACAAAAAAGUCGUCGAUAGACGACACACUUGAAAUGGAAUUGGAGUUUAAGAACCUGGUUAAAGCGAUUGACGACACACCGAGUCAAUAUCAAUCGACUGUCACAAAUAACAACGGAUAUUCGACGAAGAUUAAUCUUUCUGCUACGCCUACAUCCCAUCAAACAGCAUCAUCAACUAACAAAGACACAUUUGCACCAUCUUCAUCAUCUUUAUUAUCUUCUGCCCACAAAUCAUCGACCUUCACGAGUUUCACCGACUCAAGAGCGACCAACGGAAACGAGACAUUCAAAGAUAAAGAUCAGCAACAACCGAGAGGCCAUAAAAUAUCCAUUGACUUAAAGCUACCACAUCCAAGCUCUAUCGACACUAUAAUGGAUGAAUUAAAAUCAACGAGUUUAAUUAUAAAAACGAUGAAAUCAACAAGUUAUUUUGACGACGCAAUGCGGCAUCUUGAGCAAGAGAGUCCAUUAAUAAGAACAUCAUCUUUAAGACUUAAUCAAGAUUCACUACCGAAAUCAAGUAGCACGAGUAUGAUGUAUCGUAAGCAACAACAAUAUCAGCCGGAAAAAGCACAACGCGUGAAAUAUUCGUCAUCGCUUGAUGGCGAUCAUGGAAUUUUGGAUAGUCACAACAGGGAAGAUGAUUUUGGAUUUCUUAAUGGAUUUCUCGAAGAAAAUCGAAAGUUUCAGUUGUCGAUUGCGGAGAAAGAGCGGAAAUCCCCACAGCAACAGCGUGAUAUUUAUAAGCCUAUCGCUGCUCCACGUUUGAAGAAAAUUAUGAAUCCUAACAUUCAAUUGAGUCAGCAGUUGUCACAACUUAAACAUCUUUACGACAAUGCAAAUGACAGUGAUGAUAACGCAAAAGCGGACGAAGAAGUGAAAUCGUAUUUAGGGAAACAUGAUGAAGAGAGGUCGAGUGAAUUGUCGGGUAGUUGGAGUCGUGUAAGAGUCAAAAAAAUCGCAAGCGCAUUUCAAUCAUCGUUGGAAAACACCGAAAAAUGGCCGAAAGUUCCAUUGACAUCGCUCUACGAGCAUUCAACAUCAAAGACAAUUGAAGCAUCUCCUAGAACAAGUCUCAUUCAAAUAGGAACGGACAAUAACAAAAGCCACAACAAUCUCUACAGUAACGUCACAACAUCAAAUAAACCACAGGAAAAUUCCGUGAAAGUUAAUAUUCAAAAUUUUGAAACUCGAUCGCCAGCAUUGUCACGCAAUAAUUCACUUCGAAUUAAGAAAGAUGACACAAGCACGCAGCAAAAACUCUCAACAGGCACGCGACAACUGCGCGAACAUGAAUUGACUUAUUUCGGUGUUCAAAGUAAUAAGCCAACGACCACGACUGACUCGAAAACAUUUGCACAUUUAUCGACAAGCAAAUUAUUAUCAUCAACAUCAUCAUCGACAAUUAUUAAUUCAUCAUUGAAAUCGUCAUUUACUAACCCAAUAGUUCAACAAUCAGUGAUUGCUGUUAAUCAUCAGAAACAGAUAAGUGAAAAGCCUGAUUUGAUUAUGCAUCAUAAUCAUCAACCUUCGACACCUGAACUGACAACAUCGGAGAAGAAAUCAAUGUUGGAGACACUCGAUAGUUGCAUUGAUGAAACAAAAAAUCUCGAGCCACUCUAUGAAAAUCUUUAUCACAAUCAAAAAUCAAAAUAUGAUCGUAAAACUGAUCUCGCUAGAGACGAAAAGAUUUUAAGUGAGUUGACUCGAGCGGCAGAUGAAAUCAUGAAUACAUGCAAGGAGAUGUACCAUGCUGAUAGUGAAGAGAAAAGGCGUAAAUCACUGCUGGGUAACAACACAACAUGUCUCGAGACAAUUAGUGAAGGACGGCAACCUCAGCGUGGUGCAAUAGUCGAAAGUCAACAACAGAAAAUAAUGAAGUCGAAAGGCGUUCAAGUAUCAAGAAAUUUCGAAGAUAGUUUAAGACGAUACAAUCCAGCGCCACAAAGAACAUCAUCACAAUCAUCGCUUGACAGUCUCCCACGCAAUUCAAAAGUUUCGUCCUUGUCAUCAACAGCAAGCCGAUCGAAAACGAAGACAACAAAGAGUAGUGAAUCAAACGUCUCAACAACGAUGUCGUCAUCAAAAUCAUCGACAAGUAAGAAACGUGAAAAUGGAUUCAACAGUGAUGGUUCAAAGAAUCGAAUUCAACGCGUAAGCAGUCGUGAAAGAAUGCAACAAUCAAAUGCAAGCUCUUCUGAAGAUCUUCCAAAUUCAUCAUCUGAAGCACCGAGAAGACCGAGACGAACGAAAGUCUUAAAACAUAAGGAUGAGAAUGGAAAAGACGAGAAGAGAACGUCUCGAUUAACGCGUUCAACAGAGUCAAGUUUAAGAAGAUCAGCAAGAGGUGAACAACAUGGACAUAGCAAAGUUUCGAACGAAACUAAAGUCCGAUCAUCAACAACAACAAAAUCGUCAGUUUUGAACUCAUUGUCAUCAACAGGAACUCAUCCUACUGCAGCAACACCGACAACGUAUGUAUCUGAAACAGUGAUGAUUCCACCGCGUCGAAAAAAUUAUCGAAGACGUAAAGUGAUUCGAAGAAAUUCGUCACUUAAAUCUAAAUCGAGAACCCCAACGAAACGAAUCAGCCGACAGACGAGGCGGACUCAAUUAGAAUCGUGUAUUUGUUCAUAGCGCUUUUUAUGUUUAUUUGUUUCAUUUCGUACGCACGCAAUGCAAAAAAAAUCAUUUCCUUGUCUUCCUUUUGACACAAAAAAAUUGCACAAGAAUCUCCUACCAUCCACCCACCUACCCACAUUUCUGCACUGUUUUAUUUUACCUUAAUUGUUGCGGCGACGAGAGAAAUUUGGUUUCUGACAACUUCGAGAUCGAGCCGUAAGAUUCGUCGUUAACCAGCAGCAGCAAGCAAGCAAGCAAACAAAAACAACAUUAAUAGUGUAUGCGUAGUGUUCAUGCGAAUGAAAAGAAACAGAACGAGAACUUAAGAAAGUUUAUUGACUGAUCUCCAUCUUUGAAGCAGAAAGCUGUGCGCGUCCAGCUGAGUGAAUAAUUAAAAAAUGAAAGAAAUGAAAAAAAAGAAAAAAAAUUUUGUGUCCCAUUUCAAGUCUUGUGAGUCCGCAUGACAGCUAACAUAAAUGAGUGAAAUUUACGUCUUUACAUGUUAAGUCAAAUUAAACAACAUUGCCUUUAAAACUCUAGUUAAGAAUACAUAAAAAAAUCCGCCCAAGUAUAAUUGUGAUUACUGCUUUAUUAACACUUUAUAGCAAUAAUAAAAAAUUAGUUUUUGUUUUGUUCUUUGAGACCAAAAUUUGAUUGAAAUGUUUCCAAUUAAUUUGCGCUUUGAAAUCAAGUGGAAGAAGCUUGAUUGAAAGUCAGAAUGUGAAGAUAUAGUCAAGAAAGGAAAUUUAACUUUAUUAUCGUUUAGAUAUCAAAGAAACAUGAAAAAAGAAUUGAAAAUUUCAGAUUUUUUGAAAAAGCAAAACAUUGGAAUCUUGCCGCAAAACUUAAUUAAUUUUAUGACUUAUGUUAAAAUCGAUUUAAUUAACUGCCUUAAUCUGUUCAUCUGUGUCAAAUCUUCAUUUUGAUUAAUCCUUUUUUAUAUUUGUAUAUUGCAAUUAAGUGAAAGAAAAAUGGAAAAUAAAAUCGAAUACGAUUAACUAAUUUUUUUUGCAAUC